UGUGUGUUGUUACUUCAGUGUAGUUGGCACGGAGUUUGCAAAAACGCAAAGAAACCAAAAUAAUCUGUGAAUUAUUUAUUAAAUUGUGAUUUUCCGUGACGAUUAGACGAGGAAAAUGUCCACAAUCGACACUGAUGGCAGAUCUGAACGAUGGAAUAGGGCAGUUCUGGGUCCCCUAUCGAGUGAUUUUCUGCGCAUCACAACACCACGAGAUAUCCAAGAGCAGGCUGACCGUCAGGCAGCCCUGGCGCUGUAUCAGCAGCAGACGGCCCUCUCGCCGUACAUGCCAGCCAACAUUGUGGGCCGCCUGAGUAUUACUGUGGCUCAGGCGAAGCUCGUGAAGAACUACGGGAUGACACGGAUGGAUCCCUACGUCCGGAUCCGCGUGGGGCAUUUUGUCUACGAAACACAAACUGAUCCGAAUGGUGGGAAGAAUCCCCGUUGGAAUCGUGUUGUUCACAGUCAACUCCCAGCUGGGGUGGCAUCAAUCUCCCUGGAGAUCUACGAUGAGUGUAGCUUCACGAUGGACGAGCUGAUUGCGUGGACGGAGAUUAAACUCCCCGAGGCUGUACUCCGUGGGGACACACACGAGGAUUGGUACCCAUUGAGUGGGAAGCAGGGUGAUGGAGUUGAGGGCAUGAUUGAUCUCGUGCUAAGCUUCCAGCCUGCAUCGGCUCACACACCCACGACUUACAUGUACCAACCCGUAGCUCCUGUUGUUAUGGUACCCAGUGUAACUGGACGUCCUAUGCCUGUAUUUGUUCACCCGCAGCAGCCACAGGUUGUCAACUCUCACUACCCGCAUCAGCAGCAACCACCACCUCAGCAACCCUGCGUCGCUGCACCACCCCUCACGGAAGAGGAUCUCAAACAGAUCCAAGAAAUGUUCCCAAAUACAGAUCGCGAGGUCAUUAAAUCCGUAUGGGAGGCGAAUCGUGGGAACAAAGAUCGCACCAUAAAUUCCCUCCUACAAAUGACUGACCAGUGAAGGCAAACGGAGGACCCCCCUACGUAGAUAGUAUUCCACACAGAACCCCCUACUAAAUGAGAAGAAUGACAAAUUGGCUUCACACGCUUCCUUCAUCCAUUGGACGCCAACACACCCCCUCACUUUCCACUGUUUCACUUAAAAAUUCUAAUUAAAAAAACAAUUCUUAAAAGCUAUUGAUUGCAGCAAGAGAUCAGCGCAUGGAAUCAAUAAUAAUAUUUAUGGAGGAAGGGGAGAGAAGAAAAUUUACUAACUGUGAAGAAUAAAACAUUUUGUGUCAUAUUAACCAUGA